AUGGACGAUACGAUGGGCAGUGCCGAUGCAAAUCAACCACCUUACUCGGAGGGGCAGGAAGGCCGAUGUCCCGAUUCGUCCUCAGCGAAUACGCUGUCAGAAGAGCAUGUGAACCCGGAGGAAGCGGUUGGCAACAACAGAUAUUUUGAGGAUCUUAUACAGGAGAUGCAUGAUCUGGAUGCCUAUCGCUUCAGCAACCCGGGCAAGCUUCAAAUUGUCUAUGGGAUGCUCGUUAAUGAGAUCAAUUCUAUCUGGGGUCAUAUUUAUGCUCGUGCAAAUCGAUGUGAAUACACACGGGACAUGGAACAUGGCCAAGAGGUGAUGGAAGGACGCCGAAUAAUCAUGCACGAAAGGGUACCGAUUCCAGACCGCCCGAACUCCAAAUACAUUGGGCGCAUUCUUGGGCCGCGGGGACUGACAGUACGACAGUUGGAAGCGCAAACGGACUGCCGCAUAUUGAUUCGCGGCAAAGGUUCUGUUAAAGAUCCACGUCGAGAAGCAUGGCUUCGCAAUCGCAUUGGAUGGGAACACCUCAGCGAGCCGCUCCACGUGUUGAUUACGGCCACCGAUUUCUCGGAAAUGCGCUGUGCG